CUGCUCUCCCCUCCCUCCCCCCAAAGUAAGGACCAUCCAAGUCGCUGCUUCAACAUAGUGUACGGCAAGGCAGCCGCUUUUCGAACCUAUUUCAGUACUGCUGAAUCCUCGUACUGCUGGGACCGAAAUCCGUUAUCGCUGGCAGCUCAAGCUGCUUGGCCGUACUGUCCGCCUGCUAGGCUUGACUCAGCUGAAGGUUUAUCCGCCGCGCCGACGAUCCGCCGCGCGCCGACUCGUUCAAGAACGGCGUGCAUUGCCUAGCACAUCUGUUAGACAUCGCCUGGAGCACUGUCAUCCACCCGUGUGCUCUCGUCGAUCCGUGUGCACGUCGCGGCUCAUGGCCGUGACAAUGGAAGCUUCCUGGAAGCGGUCGCCUGGAGCCCUGUCCUUGCUCGCUCUCUCGCUGCUCGCGGCGAUUUCCGCGGUUUGCGCGUCCACGGGAGGCCUCGAUGCUGCCCCCGUGCGCAUUGACUGCGGCGCGGCGCAGCCGUCAGUGGUGGGCGGGGUGGAGUGGCUGGCGGACGCGUUCUUCGACGGGGGGGAGGCGGUGCAGCUUCCGCCAGGCAACGAGUCCCGCCUCUCCUCCCCCGUCGAGCCCACCCUGCGCGCCUUCCCCCCGUCCGCCAGCGCCUCCGGCCAGGGCGGCGGCUGCUACAACGUCCCGCUCACCACAGGCGCGCGGUACCUGGUGCGGGUCGGCGUGGCGUACCGGAACUACGACGGCGCGUCAGCGCCUCCUUUCUUCGACGUCAAGAUCAACGGGCUGCUUGUGAAGACCCUCACGCUCCCCGCGAUCGAGCCGCAGUUCCCAGCGUCCGCUUUCUACUCCGAUUUCCUGGUGUACGCGUUAGAAGGCUCCAUCUCCGUCUGCUUUGUGCCGUUCCUCGGCGCUCCCGCCUCCACUCCCUUGGUGAAUUCCCUCGAGUUCCUCCCCGUUCCGCCCGAGUCUUACGAUGCAGCUAGCAUCGGCACCGAUGCUAUCCUUACAGCCAUGCUCCGAGUCAACUUUGGAGGCCCAGAUGUUACCGAAGCUGAGGACGCAGAGUUCCGAACCUGGGCUCAUGACACCAAGCCGGGUGUUCCUGGAGGGGGCCCUACCAGGGGGCUGCAGCCGCUGCAUUUUUCCACACUCUCCACUACCCAGCCCAUUACAAAUGCAGGGUCGCUGCCCGACGAGCUGCCCGCGCAAAUCUUUCAGGCUGCCCGGGUGGGCCGGGAGGCAGGUGUGGGCCGCGCGACGGGGUUUAUCUACCGAUUAGAUGCGCAGAACCCCCUCCACCUAUUCUACGUGCGGCUGCACUUUGCAGAGAUCGAAGAGGGGGUGAAGCAGGGCGACAGGCGGUUUGACAUUAAACUAUCCCAGGACAGCAUAUUCGGCCAUGGGGGGCAACACCAGGACGAAGAUACUGUAGACCAGCAGGGGAAGCUCUGGCCGAACGGGUUUGACAUCAUGCAGGCUGCUAACGGGUCUGCCUUUACGGGGGUUACGUUGCCGAUCUUCUUCAAUUACUCGGUGUAUUCGGAGAACUACGGGCGGGAGCUGCGGGUGUGGCUGCCUGCGAUGCCGGACUCGCCCAAGCCCCCGCUGCUGUCCGCUGUGGAGAUCUAUGAGAUCACGCGCACGCCACCUGACGGAUAUGUGUACCGAGGCAUGACGUCUGGUGACAUUGCGGGCAUUGUGGUGGCAUGUGUCUUUGGAGUUAUCCUCGUUCUGCUCCUCGCGUGGCUACUCGCCGCCCGCUUCACUCGCAGCUCCCGCCAGUAUGCCAUCUUUGGCGCAUCAGCCAAACACAACCGUAUGGGCAGCAAUAUCUGAUGGGCAGCCUCCUAGAGUUGUAUUUGAGCAGCGUGAAGUCAUGAGUGUUAAGGCAUAGAGAAGUUGGGUACACAUGAACACAACUUGCCUAUGCUAGAGGGGGUUCCGUUGUGGAGUAAUAUAAGGUUCUGUUGUAACAUUGUAGCUCAAGAUAUAUACGUCUAUUUAUGUAGGGCGG